ACAAUGACCCUUGAAUAUUCUUCAUCCUACUCCUUACUCCCCCGACUCAUCAUCACUCCUUGCUUCUUCAUAUUUCUCCUUUUCCUUUUGUGCUCAAUAUCAUCAUUCCAUGUCACUUUUACAUUUGCCUCUACACCUAUCACUUCUUUUUCGAAAGUUGAACAAGAUCAAGAAGCACUCGCUCUUCUAACAUGGAAGGCUAGUCUUGAUAAUCAAACCCAAUCUUUCCUCUUUUCUUGGUCUGGACGCAAUUCUUGCCAUCAUUGGUUCGGAGUGACUUGUCACAGGUCAGGAAGUGUCUCCGGUUUAGACCUUCAAAGUUGCGGUUUGAGAGGUACACUCCAUAAUCUCAAUUUUUCAUCACUUUCCAACCUCCUUACUCUUAAUCUUUAUAACAACUCCCUCUAUGGAACCAUUCCAAUCAACAUUGGCAAUCUUUCCAAACUGAUCACAGUUUUGGACUUUCGUUUCAAUCAUUUCAUUGGUGUAAUAUCUGACCAACUUGGAUUUCUAACAUCUCUUAGCUUUCUAGCAUUGUCUUCUAAUAAUUUCAAAGGCCCAAUUCCUCCUUCCAUAGGGAACUUGAGGAACUUAACCACAUUGUACCUUAAUUCAAACAGCCUAUCUGGUUCUAUUCCUCAAGAAAUUGGAUUGUUGAGAUCUCUUAAUGUUAUUGAUUUGUCAGCUAAUAAUCUCAUUGGCUCAAUCCCUCCUUCCAUAGGUAAUUUGAGGAACUUGACCACUUUGCUCCUUCCGAGAAACAAACUAUCUGGUUUUAUUCCUAAAGAAAUUGGAUUAUUGAGAUCUCUUACUGGUAUUGAUUUGUCAACUAACAAUCUCAUUGGUCCAAUCCCUUCUCCCUUAGGUAACUUGAGGAACUUAACCACUUUGUACCUUAAUUCAAACAACCUAUCUGGUUCUAUUCCUCAAGAAAUUAUAUUGUUGAGAUCUCUUACUUAUCUAGUCUUGUCAUAUAACAAUCUCAAUGGUUCACUACCAACUUCCAUAGAAAAUUGGAAGAACUUAAUUAUUUUAUACAUUUAUGGUAACCAACUUUCUGGCUCCAUUCCUGAAGAAAUUGGAUUAUUGACAUCACUUGAGAAUCUUGACUUGGCCGACAACAAUCUUAGCGGUUCAAUACCAGCUUCCUUAGGAAACUUGUCCAAGUUAAGCCUUUUAUAUCUUUAUGGUAACAAACUUUCUGGAUUCAUCCCUCAAGAAUUUGAGUUACUGAGAUCUCUUGAAGUUCUUGAGUUGGGAAUUAAUAAUCUCACUGGUCCAAUCCCUUCUUUUGUAGGAAACUUGAGGAACUUAACCACUUUGUAUCUUUCUCAAAAUGACCUUUCUGGUUAUAUCCCUCAAGAAAUCGGAUUGUUGAGAUCGCUUAAUAUUCUUGACUUAUCAUUUAACAAUCUCAGUGGUUCAAUACCAGCUUCUAUAGGAAACUUGUCCAGCUUAACCACUUUGGCUCUUCAUCACAACAAACUCAGUGGUGCCAUUCCUCCAGAAAUGAAUAAUAUCACUCAUUUGAAAUCUUUGCAAAUGGCUGAGAAUAACUUCAUUGGCCACCUACCACAAGAGAUAUGCCUUGGUAAUGCUCUUGAAAAAGUUUCAGCCCAAAUGAACCAUUUCACUGGUCCUAUUCCAAAGAGCUUGAAAAAUUGCACUAGCUUAUUCAGAGUUAGGCUUGAAAAAAACCAACUUACUGGAGACAUAGCUGAAAGUUUUGGUGUAUACCCUAAUCUAAAUUAUAUUGAUCUGAGCAAUAACAAUUUUUAUGGUGAGCUUUCUGAGAAAUGGGGGGAGUGUCACAUGCUCACAAACCUGAACAUCUCCAACAACAAAAUUUCUGGUGCUAUACCACCUCAACUUGGGAAAGCAAUUCAACUGCAACAACUUGAUCUCUCCUCAAAUCAUCUAAUUGGGAAGAUCCCAAAAGAAUUGGGUAUGCUUCCUUUACUGUUCAAGUUGUUGCUAGGCAACAACAAACUUUCAGGAAGUAUUCCUCUGGAAUUGGGAAGCUUAUCCAAUCUUGAAUUCCUUGACUUGGCAUCAAACAACUUAAGCGGUCCAAUUCCCAAGCAACUGGGAAACUUCUGGAAAUUAUGGUCCUUGAACUUGAGCGAGAAUAGAUUUGUGGAUAGCAUUCCUGACGAAAUUGGAAAGAUGCAUCAUCUUCAAAGUCUCGAUCUUAGUCAAAAUAUGUUGACAGGAGAGAUGCCACCGCUGCUUGGAGAAUUACAGAACCUGGAAACGUUGAAUCUCUCCCACAACGGGCUAUCUGGCACCAUCCCACACACGUUUGAUGAUUUGAGAAGUUUGACAGUUGCUGAUAUAUCCUACAAUCAGUUGGAAGGUCCUCUCCCCAACAUCAAAGCCUUUGCUCCAUUUGAGGCAUUCAAAAAUAAUAAAGGUCUGUGUGGUAAUAAUGUCACUCAUCUCAAGCCAUGCAAUGCUAGUCGAAAGAAGGCCAACAAGUUUUCUGUUUUGUUCGUAAUACUCCUACUUGUGAGCAGUCUAUUGUUCUUACUUGCUUUUGUUAUUGGCAUUUUUUUUCUUUUCCAAAAAUUGAGGAAGAGAAAAACCAAGUCUCCUGAAGCAGAUGUUGAAGAUCUAUUUGCAAUAUGGGGCCAUGAUGGGGAAUUGUUGUAUGAGCACAUCAUACAGGGGACCGACAAUUUCAGUUCGAAACAGUGUAUUGGCACUGGAGGAUAUGGUACUGUUUACAAGGCUGAGUUGCCAACAGGUCGGGUUGUUGCUGUGAAAAAGCUUCACUCAUCAGAAGAUGGAGAUAUGGCUGAUUUGAAAGCUUUCAAAAGCGAGAUUUAUGCUUUAACACAGAUAAGGCACCGCAACAUCGUCAAGCUUUAUGGCUUCAGUUCCUUUGCAAAGAACUCAUUUUUGGUUUAUGAGUUUAUGGAAAAGGGGAGUUUGCAAAACAUUCUAUCCAACGACGAAGAAGCAGAAAGAUUAGAUUGGACUGUGAGGCUAAACGUUAUUAAAGGCGUGGCUAAAGCUUUAUCGUAUAUGCACCAUGAUUGCUCACCUCCUGUAAUUCAUCGAGACAUAUCGAGCAACAAUGUUUUGUUAGAUUCAGAAUAUGAAGCUCAUGUAUCUGACUUCGGCACGGCUAGGCUUUUAAAGUCAGACUCAUCUAAUUGGACUUCAUUUGCAGGAACUUUUGGUUAUACAGCUCCAGAACUUGCUUACACGAUGAAGGUGGAUAAUAAAACCGAUGUUUAUAGCUUCGGUGUUGUGACAUUAGAAGUAAUUAUGGGAAGGCAUCCCGGAGAACUCAUCUCAUCCCUGUUAUCAUCAGCGUCCUCCUCAUCUACAUCACCAUCAACGGUCGACCAUUUCCUGUUGAAUGAUGUGAUGGACCAGCGCCCCUCACCUCCUGUGAAUCAAGUGGCAGAGGAAGUAGUGGUUGCAGUGAAGUUGGCAUUUGCAUGUUUGUGUGUUAAUCCCCAGUCUCGGCCAACUAUGCAACAAGUUGCUCGAGCACUCUCAAAACAGUGGCCACCAUUGUCAAAACCGUUUUCUGUGAUUACGUUGGGUGAGCUGCUGGCUCAUGGUCAUGGGGAUGAAACUAGCUGAGGGUUCUCACUUCUCCAUGUAAAUUUGUUAUCGAUUGAUUAUUACUGAAAAAUGUAAAAGCAAGAAGGCAUACUGUUAUGACAUCCAUGAGGUUAUUCAGAAGCAUGAUCUGCCACCAUGUGAUGUCCUUGCAACCUUUGGAACAUAUUUUCCUUUGAAGGGCCCCUCAAUCAGGUGUAUCAGUAACCAAGUAGGCUACUGAAUAUGAAGAGCCUGCUGGGGAUGCACUCAAAUUCAAUCAUCCGGAAUCAUUGAUGUUUAUCAUUUCAGUUCGAUCCUAAGGGCUGUCGUGGAGGAGUGCGGGAAUGCCGAUGACCGUGUCUCUACUUCUGAGGCUGCCAAACAAUCUGCAUCACCGGAUGCUUGGACAAGUUGAUUUUAUUAAUGGGGGGCCCUCCAUGCCAGGGUUUCUCUGGGAUGAAUCCGGUUAACCAAAGCAGCUGGAGUAAAGUUCAGUGUGAAAUGAUCCCAGCUUUCUUAUCCUUUGCCGACUACUUUCGGCCAAGGUUCUUCCUGCUCGAGAAUGUGAGGAUCUUCAUGUCUUUCAACAAAGGACAGGCAUUCUGACAAACUCUAGUUUCGUAGAGCAGUCUAUGAAGCAUUCAUCAGCAUUAUUAGAUUGUAAAUUUCCACCUUGGUCUUGAGCUGUGGUCACAACUGUUGAGGGUUUUGCAGAUUUUUCCAAAAUUUUGUACCUAACAUUGAAUCAAAUCCCAUCCUCUUGGGUCCCCAUGAUGUAAUUUUUCACAAAACUGGACAACCCAGACAGGUCUUAGAAUUUAGGAGGCCAUAAAAAGAUGAGGAUUGAAUUGAAUACGAGAUGUAUUGACUCCAAUUGCAAAGCUGUAAUUUGAACAGAGAACAGAGGAUUUUACAUUCUAGACGUGAGGGGCUUAUAUCUAGGAAAUAAAGUGGGAGCUUCAGAUAAAACUCUUUGAAGUCUGAUAUGGAAAAUUUCUGUUGUGUGUCUCACAGGAUAUAACUCUGGUGUCAAUAACACUGGAGAUUUGGAGACGCGUCAUGGAGACAUGGGCCUAAUUGCAUGGGACGUGCUCCUUCCAUCUGGGGCAAUCAUCCCUAGAUACUUCAAGCAUCAUGAUCCUCAAUGGUUUUAUCUUCAUAUCUCGAUCCAGAUUGUGGGUUUUCUUCCGGGUCUUGCUACUGUCGUCGCAGGAAGGACACUCUACAAUGGACUGGAGUCUUAUCGCAUUCCCAAAUUCAAGAUUCACAGACCCCUCGGAUCCUUGGUGUUUUUCCUUGGCAUUCUUCAGGUAAUGGCAUUGAUUCUAAGGCCGGACAAGACAUCCAAACAGCGCAAGUACUGGAACUAGUAACAUCACUUGGUAGGGAGACUUGCUCUCAUCUUGGGAGCUCUGAAUAUUGUGAUUGGACUUUGAGUGGCAGAAACAGGCCGGGGUGGAAGAUAGGAUAUGGGUUUCUUGUGACAGUAAGUGUCCUUGGGGCUGGGGAGAUCCAACAUGUAAUCUUUACAAUUUUUUAAUAGAUUGUUGAGAGUGAUAAUUC